CGAUCAACCCCAAUAAAAAAUGACUUGAUGUGGUGGAGUUUGUUAGUAGCCGGCCUUGUGCAUUUUCAAGAGUUUUUGCUGAACAAAAAGUAUACUAGUAACUUGAUUCUUCCCACUGGAAAAACGCCCAGAAACUGAUCUAGAGAGAGAGAUGGCUUAUGCUGUUGUAACUUCACUUGUGACAACUCUUGGACAAGUCUUGCAAUUCAAUCCAAGUUUUGAUAUCUGAAAGCAAGCUACUUAUCGUUUCUCUUUAUGGAAGACUUUCUUCAUUGCAAGCUUUUCUUGAGGAUGGAGGAAAACGGAUCAAUGAUCAAGAAACGUUGACUAUUUUGGAGAAGAAGAUCAGAAAUGCAGUGUAUAAAGCCGAAGACACAGUUGAUUUAUGCUUAAAAAGAAUCCAUGUGGCUGAAACUUAUAGCAAUCAAGACAAUGGUCGUCGUAUGCUUUAUGACGAGUUGCAGCAAAUAGGAAAGGUAAUGGAUUCCAUACAAGAAGAAGUGAUGAAAUUCAAGAAUGAGAAUCAACAUAUCAAAGAUCCCCCUGCAAUAAAUUUUUUCCCUCUCCGCUCAUCCGGACAUGUCUUGGAUGAGGAAAAUACAUUUGUCGGAAUGGAGAAUGUCUUCAACAAGGUACUCAAUCAACUCAUUGGAGGGAAUGCACGGGAGCUGAAUGUCGUCUCAGUUGUUGGUAUGGGCGGUAUUGGUAAGUCAACUCUUGCCGGAAGAAUUUUUAGGAAUCCAUCAGUAUUCUAUCACUUUGAUGUUUCAUCAUGGUUAACUGUCUCUCAAGAAUAUGAUGUUAGAGAAAUGCUUUUAGAUGUUUUAAGCUUUGGUACACCGUCUCUGAAGGCAAUGUAUAGUAAUUUGAGCAAUGACCAACUAUUAGAGCAAGUGUAUAGAAAACUGAAAGGCAAGAGGUAUUUGAUAGUUUUGGAUGAUAUAUGGAGUAUAGAGGCCUGGAACCUAGUCAUAAGAUCAUUUCCCGAUGAUGAAAAUGGAAGUCGAAUCAUGUUAACUACGAGGCUCUCAGAAGUAGCAAUUUCUGCUGGUAAUAGUUACACUUUUAACAUGCCUUUCCUUAAUCUGGAAAAUAGUUGGAAACUAUUGGCAGACAAGGUAUUUGGUAUCGCAGGCUGUCCUCUUCGAUUGGAGUCAAUGGGAAAGCAGAUAGCACGACAAUGUCAAGGAUUACCUCUCUCUCUCGUUGUCAUAGCCGGGCUUCUCCCCAAGAUCAGUAGGACAUAUAAGGAUUGGAAAAAAGUUCUUGAAAGCAUGAAAUCACAUGAAGGUUCAACCUCUGAGCAGUGUUUAGCAAUAUUAGCUUUGAGUUAUAACUACUUGCCUUGUAGCUUAAAAGCUUGUUUUCUUUAUAUGGGUGCUUUUCCUGAAGAUGAAGAAAUCCGUGUGGAUAAGUUGAUCAAAAUUUGGGUUGCUGAAGGUUUUCUGAAGCCAAGUAGUCAUAAAAAGUCGGAAGAGGUGGCAGAAGAGUGCUUAGAGGAUUUAGUUAGCAGAAGUUUGAUUAUAGUUAGUAGACGAAGAGCGAAUGGCAAAAUUAGAAGUUGCAGAAUUCAUGAUCUCCUUCGGCAAUUAUGCUUGAGAGAAGGAAAAUCUGAGAAGUUCUUUCAUGUCAUAACUAAAAGUUAUGAAAUGUCCACGGAAGGCAUGGAGAUUGAACAUCGACUGUGUUUGCAUCCAGAUGGUUUAGAAAAUCGAAGUCUUGGACUGGAGAAAGGUAAUUUUGAUUCAGUUCGGACCAUCUUGUGCCUCGGUGAACUCCAUUCUUUCUUUAACUCUGGAUGCUAUAAAAUAGUGGAUUCCCGUUUUGAAUUGCUAAGGGUAUUGGAUGUACUAAAUAUUCACUUUCCAAGUUUUCCCAAUGAGAUAACACAAUUAGUACAGUUGAGAUAUGUUUGUUUUACCACUGGUAGUGAAGUUCCGGUAUCCAUAUCCAAUCUUUGGAACCUACAAACGAUGAUUGUUAUUUCAGUUGCGGAAAAUGAAUUACGCCUGCCAUUGGAAACUUGGAGGAUGUCAAGUCUGAGACAUUUCAAUCCAGGGAGAAUGUACUUGCCUGCUCCUCCCAAGGCAUAAAAUUUUCUUGGUUUAGAAUACUUAGAAACUCUUCAUUCGUUACGAACUGCUGAUUCCAGUUGGAAGGAGAUUUUUAUGGCGGUCACUAAUGUAAAGACAUUGGGAGUUUUGAUCAAUCCAGAUCUUAAUGAAUGGUCUAAUUUUAAUGACAGUCUAAUCUGUCUAUCUCAUCUCCAGAAGCUAAGAAUUCAUCUUGCACUUCCCCCUUAUGUACAGUUUUUCCGAAGGCUUCCUGCUCCGCAAUGGAACUCUUUCCCUACAAAACUAAUGCAUUUGACACUUGAAGCAACACAUCUGCUAUGGAAGGAUAUGACUAUGCUCGGUAAAUUACCCAAUCUUGAGGUUCUCAAACUAAAAUAUUUUGCGUUUCAAGGGAGCAAUUGGAAUUUAAAUGAAGGGGGUUUCAAGAAACUCAAGUUGCUACACAUUUUUAUGACUAACUUGAUUCGCUGGAAAGCUACCAGUGAUAGUCUUCCUAGCCUUGAGUGUCUAGUUUUAAGGCAUUGCUAUAAAUUGGAGGAGAUUGCUACUGAGAUUGGAGAUAUUCCCACGUUAAAAUUGAUCGAGUUGCAUCAUUGUAGCCACGCUGCUGCCACUUGUGUAGAGGAAAUUCUUGAAGAACAAAAAAGCAUGGGAAACGAAAUACUGGUCGCCAAUGCCUACGAUACUGGAGUGCAAUACUUCGACAUGAGAGGUGAAGUUGACGAAGAUGAUAUUGCUUCCACCUACGGCUCUGAUGUAACGUAUAAUCAUAUGAGCAAUAUGCAUAGAAAAUUCCUUACCAAAGCGAGGGAAGAAGUACACAAGGAAGACGAUAUUAAUUUUGAUGUUGAAGAGUUAGCAUAUAGUCGUUGGAUCACUACAUGCUUAAAAUAUGAGGAGAAGCCCAAACAGUUAGGUUAGAAUAUGGAUCAGAACGUGUACAGUGGGAUAGUUCUACCAAUAAAUUACCUCAAGGAGCGAGAGUAGCUCGUGAUCUUAGUAAAAAUCUUAGCCGAAGAUCUGAGGAGAAGGCCAAACAGUUGAUCUUAGAUUAUGCAGGAACAGAAUGUCGCCAGGGAAAUGCAGAUCUUGCAGUGAAUUUUUCGCCUCCAUCCUCUCCAGGUAGUGGACAUUGAUAUUACUCUGAAUGAUAGAAGAUAUUGCAAUUCCAGUAAAAAAUCCCAGUUUUAUUCAAAGUUGAAGAGAUUAAUUGGGCAAGAGUAAAGAUGAAUCCAGUCUGCUAUAUCUUUUGUCCAAGCAAGACUAUAUGAUCAGGAAUGGAUGUUACACUGUAGCCAUCACCAGUUCCGAAACAGCAGAACUGCCCCACAUCAGACUACAAGAUUUUCUUGCAUUAUAUAGGCUUUUUUUUUUUGAGUUUGACUACUAGAAUUAAAUAUUUUGAGUUGUUUGAUA